AUGGCUGCAAAGUACCCACUUCUCCUUGGCGUCGUAUUGGUCGCUCUCCUGCUCGUCUCCCAGGAUGUAGCGCAUGCAGUAGGUGAAGAAACGAUGCCUGCGCAACGUCCAGACGGGUAUAGUGGAUAUGGGCCUGGGUACGGUGGUGGCUACGACAACAACGGCGGAGGAGGAGCCGGUCAAAAUGGUGAUGGUGGCAGCGGCUAUCCUUGA